GCCAGAGGGGCCCCGAGUGGCGCGGGGAGCGGGGCGCGCCCGGAGGUCGUCGGCCGCCGCGAUGUCUGCCCAGUGCUGUGCGGGCCAGGUGAGGAAAGCCAGGACCCAGAGCUGCUGGAGUUAGAAUCCAGAUUCUCUGGUCUUAGACUCUUAGACUUUUGCCACCAGUCUGUCCUUUCUACUUGCUGUGGACUUCAGAACCUGGUAGUCAGGCCUUCAGAACUGUAAAAGAAGACUUGAGAGGGAGAGAGAAGGACUCAUAUGAUUGGCCUGCUGCUGUGGGUCUGCAGGCUGCUCCCUCUGCUGUGGCUGUUGCCCCAAGAUCCGACAGUCGAGGUCCACCCGCUUCAUGUACGCACUCUACUUCAUCCUGGUCGCCAUCCUCUGCUGCAUGAUGAUGUCACCAACUGUGGCUAAGCAAAUGAAGGAGCACAUUCCUUUUUUUGAAGACUUUUGUAAAGGCAUUAAAGCCGGUGACACCUGUGAGAAGCUGGUGGGGUAUUCUGCAGUGUAUAGAGUCUGUUUUGGAAUGGCUUGUUUCUUCUUUGUCUUCUGCCUACUGACCUUGAAAAUCAAUACCAGUAAAAGCUGUAGAGCCCAUAUUCACAAUGGCUUUUGGUUCUUUAAACUUCUGCUGCUGGGAGCCAUGUGUUCAGGAGCUUUCUUCAUUCCGGAUCAGGAGACCUUUCUGAACGCCUGGCGUUAUGUGGGAGCCAUCGGAGCCUUCAUCUUCAUAGGUAUCCAGCUACUCCUGAUUGUGGAGUUUGCACACAAAUGGAACAAGAACUGGACCGCUGGCACUGCCAGUAACAAGCUGUGGUACGCCUCCUUGUCCCUGGUGACGCUUAUCAUGUAUUCUGUUGCUGCCGGAGGCUUGAUUUUCAUGGCAGUAUUCUACACACAGAAAGAUGACUGCAUAGAGAACAAAAUUCUCCUGGGAGUGCACGGAGGCCUGUGCCUGCUGAUCUCAAUGGUAGCCAUUUCACCCUGUGUCCAGAAUCGACAGCCACACUCCGGGCUCCUGCAGUCAGGACUCAUAAGCUGCUAUGUCACGUACCUCACUUUCUCUGCUCUGUCCAGCAAACCUGUAGAAGUAGUUCUAGAUGACCAUGGGAAGAAUGUAACCAUCUGUGUGCCCAACUUUGGUCAAGAACUGUAUAGAGAUGAAAACUUGGUGAUUGGACUGGGUACCACCCUUUUGAUUGCAUGCAUCUUGUAUUCAUGUUUGACAUCAACAACCAGAUCCAGUUCUGAUGCUCUGCAGGGGCGGUAUGCAGCUCCUGAACUGGAGGUAGCUCGGUGUUGUUUUUGCUUUGGUCCUGAUGGAGAGGACACCGAAGAUCAGCAGAACGUGAAAGAGGGACCGAGGGUCAUUUACGAUGAGAAGAAAGGCACUGUCUACAGCUACUCCUAUUUCCACUUUGUGUUCUUGUUGGCCUCCCUCUAUGUGAUGAUGACCGUGACCAACUGGUUCCA